AUGAGAGGUGGUGUUUACGGGAAGAUUGCCAAUGAUGACCGCAUCUACAAUAUGGUGGAUCCAAGCCCCUUGGGUGUGCGAUGGAUUUCAUCGGUGAGGCAGUACUGUUUGCCAUUGUUGUUUUUUGUCUCUGGAGCAGCGUGUGCCUGCUCCUUCAAGAAGACCCCUGGAAGCUUUGGCAAGAUCAUUGUCUACACAUUCUUGGGCGUUUCACUGAAUGCUGCACUGUGGCUGCUGGGGCCACAAAACCCCGACUGUGACCCGUGUACUGCAUAUGGUCGGGCUGAAUGUCAAGGUGCAGUCUUUGAUUUCACUAUUUGUCCUUUCUCUGGAAAGAUUUUCCCGAUCGUUUUUCAAAUGUGGUAUACUGCUAUGCUGCUGGUCUUGAUGCUGUUGAACUGGCCACUCUUCGCAUUCUUGCGGAACAACACCUGCAGUAGUGCUUUGAUUUUGCAACUCAUCAUGACCAUUGGUGUCCAGGCUGCUUUGGCGAUUGUUGAUGAGAGCAUCACCAAGCCAUGGCUGGUGAUUGGCUUGAUGGCUUUGACUGAAGUGCUUUUUGUGGCCCUCUCAAUCACAGGAAAGAAAUUGGGAGGCCGCCCUGAACUCUUGCGAUUUCUUCAUUACGGCUUGGGUGCUCUAGCAACCCUGCAGUUUGGUUGUAUACCCAUCGCACCAGAGAUCGAGCAUAUCUCCACUGCCUUUAUGCUCUUCAUCUUCUGUGGCUUCAAUAAAUCAUUUCAGCUUGGCUUCGUUCUGACCUUGGCAAGGCUUCCGGGCCAGCACGAUGUUCUUCCCAUUGUCAGCCUCUACUGGCCAAUGAUGGCAAUUCUGCGGACGCUCACUGCACCCUCCACGAAUUGGUAUGCUGCAGGGAACUUGACCUACCCCUAUUACCCUCGUUUGUUGGACCGCGCCGACUAUGUUGCUGGUGCUGUGGUGGUGAUGUUUGUCGUGGACCGGCUUGGGCGCAUGAUGAAUUGCAAACCAUUGCCAGCCUUCAUGGGCUACGGUGCCUUGUUGCUUUACCUGCUCCACCCCUGGAUGAUGGCGUUGCUGAUUGUCGCUGUUCGUGGAACCCGGUUGGAAGAUACAGGAUCCAUUUGGAUCAUGUGCAUUUUGGUUUCUGGGCUUGCUGGCUUUGUUGCCACGUGCCCUUGGAGGACAGUGGCCCUCGCAAAGGGCGGGAAUAAGGGAAGCACUCUCCUGUACUGUUCGCUUGUGACAUGUGUUGUGCUAGCGACGUGUGAACCUAAACUAGGAAGUCGAAACAUGCGCUCGUUUGACAGAACAUGUCCAAUCAGCCCGCUUGGCGAAAGGAGUUGCGCUGCGCGCUCACCAAAGCAAUAUGGUACCAGCAGUGAUUCUGAAGCCAGUAUGGAGGCCAGGAUGUCAAGACCUAGAUUAGACUUCAAGUCUCGCUCUUCCACCAGUGUAGUCUAA